AACUAUAGCCCAUCAAUUAGGCAAGGAGGGCUAGAAGUGGGUCUCUUCAGAUUUUUGUAUGCUAUAAAAUCUUCUCCUUCUGUUGCGUGAAUGGAAUUUCUUUUCUCUAUCAAAGAGAGGAAAAACCCAGCGGUAAAACCCUAGAAUCGUUCUGUACAAUGGGAUGAGAAAAACAGAGAUUAUUUUCCUGCUAUACGUCUCUUCCUCUCAAUUCCUGAAACUAUUACCAAUGGCUAUCUUCGCAACCUAUACCAUAAGGCCUUGACCUGCGUUAAGCGUCAGUAUUGUCUCUCUCAUUCUCUAUCUUUUCCUACCAUUGAUCAAUUGUUGGUGGAAGGGAGAAUUCUCGAUAUUAUCUGCAAAAUAGAAUAAGCCAUAAUGGCAGGGAGAAAUCAUAUGCCUCGACUUCCUUUGACUGAUGGGCAACAUGUAUUCCCCCCUGAAGGCCCAUUUGUGCGGGGCAUGUUGCCUCCACCACCUCAUCCUGCUUUACUGGAGGAAGAACUUGAAAUGCAGCAUAUCGAAAUGCGUAGGCUUUUGGCUGAAAAUCGGAGGCUAGCUGAAGAUCAUAUCAUCCUGCAGCAGGAGCUAGGUUUUGCGAAGGAAGAAUUGCAUCGUAUGAAUAUUGCCAUUGCAGAUAUUCAUGCAGCGAGAGAAGCUCAUUCCAGAGAGCUUAUUGAGAAGGGAUUGAAACUGGAAGCUGAUCUACGAGCGACUGAACCUUUGAAAAAUGAAGUACUACAAUUGCGUAUGGAAGUUCAGAGGCUGGAUUCCUCAAAGAAGGAUCUGGAUGCACAAGCUCAGAACCUGACAAAAGACUUAGCAAGGUUACAAACUGAUAAUAAACAUAUUCCCACUUUGAGGCAAGAGAUUGAUGCACUACACCAGGAGCUUAUGCAUGCUAGAACCGCCAUUGAGUAUGAAAAAAAGGCAAAUUUUGAGUUGAUGGAACAGAGGCAGGCAAUGGAGAAUAACUUAGUUUCCAUGGCACGUGAAGUUGAAAAGCUACGUGCAGACCUUGCCAGUGUUGAUGGUAGGCCAUGGGCUGCCGCUCAAGAUGGAGCUUACGGGAUGAAACUCAACAGUACUGAUGGAGGGUUUCCUUCUGCUUAUGGGAAUAGAUUUGGGGCUUAUCUGGGUGUUGCUGAUAAGGGUCAUCUUUAUGAAGCUGGCUCUGGUUCAUGGGGGCCUGAGAGCCACCCCCGCCUUGCACGUCGCUGAGAUCCGAAAAUUUUUCAUUUGAAGUG